AUGCUUGUUAUUACUUUACUUGGUUUUUUGGUUCCAAUUCUACAAGCUUCAUCCCGAUGUUCAGCUCCAAAUGCGACGACAUAUCUCCGUUCGGAGGGAACUCGUCUCAUGGAAUUCUCCACAAAAGUCAUGAAAGAUGUCACUUUGAAUGAGUGCGCCACUGCUUGUUCCAAUUCUUUGGCGACUGAAGAAUGUCUCUCCUUCGAGUACGAUGCAUCACUUCUCCAAUGCUCACAUCAUUCAGACGAUGGUCAACCAUUUGGAGCAUCUGUUCUAGCAAAAGCGUCACAAACUAUCUCGUUUUUUCAGCAAAUUUGUCUACUUGAUGAAGCCGUGUGCAAUGCCCCGUAUUCAUUCGAAAGAUAUCCUCAAUCCGUUCUAAUUGGUCAUGCAAUGAAAGUUCUCACUGUCGAUGGCCUAUCUGAUUGUCUCUCGAAAUGUGCUCUAUCCCAGAAAUCCUACAAUUUCCUGUGUAAAUCUGUGAUCUACUACUACGAAACAGGAGAAUGUAUUAUGAAUCGAGACAGCAAAUUCAUCUAUCCAAAGUUAUUCAAAACGAAUAUUCUGGACACUUUGGUCGAUUAUUUCGAGAAUAAUUGUGCAGAUGUAUCAUGUCGUGCUGAAGAGACACUUCACUGGAUCCGAACUGAAGAAUAUCUUAUCGAUGAGUCAAAAGACGUCAUUGUUGAAAGUUCGGACGCUCAAGAAUGCAACCAACUCUGCCAAAAUAAUAAAAUUGGAGAAGAACGAUUCCCCUGUAAGGCUUUCGCCUACAGUAAUUCAAAACAAGAGUGUCAUUUGACGGCGGAGAGCAGUUAUGUGGGACAUAAAGGCGACAAGAGAUUCAAUUUGGCUCCGUUGAACAGUGGAGAGUACUUUGAGAAGUAUUGCUUGCCAACAAACCUUCAAUGUAUAGAAGCAAGUUUUGAGCUUGUUGCAAAUCGAAUGAUGACGAGUGCAUACAAAACACUUCCAGCACUUUCACAGCAUGAAUGUCUCAGUCAGUGUAUGAAAGAUGGAGCAAGAUGUUCGAGUGCCACGUAUUUUUAUAUGGAUGAUGAAUGCCAACUAUCUGACAUUUCUCAAUUCUCUCGUCCAAACGAGUUUGUCGUCGCCAAUUUCACUGAUUAUUUCGACAAAAUCUGUGACCCAACAGACCCGAAAGUGAUGAUAACUACACCAGAAACACCUCCACAGCUGAUUCAAAACAGUGUUGAUGAGGAGACAACUUCCGAGAGAAGCGUUGCUCAGGGAGCCGCGAACUUCGAAGUGGCCACGACCGGAAAUAGUGUGGAGUUUGAAGAUGAUAAUCUACUGAAAGAUAAUCAAGCAGUCGAGGCGAUUCAUGGAGUCACAACUUCAAAAAAUAUGGGUGAAAGGAGAGAAACAAAAGUGGAGGUGGAGGGGACUGUGAUAGAUGAUGCAGAUGAAUUCUCGAAAGAAGUUGACGAUGCAAGAGAAGAAUCUCCGUUGACGUCAUCUGAAGAAUCAGAAGGAAGAGUGAAAGCGAGGUUGUCGACGGAGUGUAGAAUGUCCGGGAUUUCGGUAUCGAUCAAGUUUGCUGCAGCGACUUCUGGAACGAUCUAUAUAAAGGACCACUUCUCAAGUUGCCGUCAGCCAUUCUCCAACACCACAUUCGCUGAACUUCAUAUUCCAUUCCCGACUGAAGAUGACUCAAAGUGUGGAGGAAUUGAAUCAGAACCACAUAAAUGGGAUUACAAUGUAGUUGUGGAGAGAAAUGAUAUGAAGACUCCAUCUCUGGUGACAACAAAAGAUAAAACAUUUCAAGUCACUUGUGACUUUUCGAAGAUUGCGGAUAAGAAUCAGUUGGCGGCGUUGAAACCAAAAGUUGAGGGAGACCUGAAAAGUGAGAAGAUUCUGAUGGAGAUUGUUCGAAAUGGACAGGCAGUCACGACAGUACCACUUGGAGCAGAAGUUUCGUUGAGAUGGACAGUAAUCGAUCACUCUGAAAACCUUGGAUUCUUCAUCAACGAGUGCAUCGCUGAACGUGUUGGAGGACAGCCCCCACACCCGGAACCUCUGAAAAUCAUCUAUCAAGGGUGCCCAGAAGAGAAAGUUCGUAACCGACUGCUCCAUGAUCCAGUUCUCAAGAAAGAUGACGUGUAUUCUACAAAAAUGAAAGUAUUCCGAUUCGAUGGAUCCCGUAGAGUUCGUAUCAAAUGCUCAAUUGAUGUCUGUGUGGAAACAUGUCCUCCGCCGAAAGCACAAGAGAGUCAAUUAGAGUAUCAGCGAGAGAAUUAG